AUGCUGGUCAUGCUGGCCGCUUUUUCGGUCGGAAUCUUCACCACGUGGUUAUGUAAGCGGUACCCCUUUCAACAUCAAUGGUUCAACAAUGGAAUUUUCAACACUCAAGAACCACUGUUGGCCGUCGUUGUGCCAAUCCACGAUGGCGAUGCAGCUCGGGCCAUGACAUCAAUGUCAAAGUGGCCAACGACUUGUUACUCCAACACGCUGACCAGCAUGGACCUAAUCAUCUACAAGGCAGAGCCUGUUGAAAGCACCACCGAUCUACUCUCCCAAGUGCCACGCGAGGCAUCAGGUUGCUUUCGAAGCACCAAGGUCAUCACGGGAAAUCUCAUCCCAGAGGUGUGUGCCAUUCAGACCCUACGCUAA